AUGGGUAAUGCUUCAGGAAGCACCGUGGACGACCUGCAGGCGGUGGAGAUGCACCUCUGGUACAAGAAGUUCAUGACAGAGUGCCCCUCCGGCCAGCUCACCUUGCACGAGUUCAAGCAGUUCUUCGGCCUGCGAGGUUUGGACCAGGAGGCCAACGCCUACAUAGAGCAGAUGUUCCGGACCUUCGACAUGAACAAGGAUGGCUACAUAGACUUCAUGGAGUAUGUGGCUGCCCUGAGCCUGGUGAUGCGAGGAAAGAUGGAGCAUAAGCUGCGCUGGUAUUUCAAGCUUUAUGAUGUGGACGGCAAUGGCUGCAUUGACCGACAUGAGCUCCUCAACAUCAUAAAGGCCAUCCGUGCAAUCAACGGCAAUGAAAAUCAGGAGACAUCAGCCGAGGACUUCACCAACCGUGUGUUUGACAGGAUUGAUAUAAACGGAGAUGGGGAGCUGUCUUUGGAGGAGUUUGUGGCUGGUGCACGAAGUGAUGAGGAUUUCAUGGAGGUGAUGAUGAAAAGUCUGGACCUUUCCCACAUAGUGGCCAUGAUCCACAACCGGAGGCACAGCGUCUAGGAUCUGUCCCUUCAGACUACCUCAUCCUAUUUAUAACUUUAAUUACUUCUCAUCUGGUAACAGGUUGAAUCCAGUAACUUGGUGACAGUUAAACACUGAGAUGACCUCUUGAAUGUCUAAAAACAAAUUGACACACACAUGCACUUUAAAGGCAUUGGUAUGAGUCUGCCAAACUUUGUGCGCGGGCUCUUGUCCUUGUCUACCAAACGUAAGCUCUUCAAGGCCACCUUGAUGUGAGAGAUGAUCUCUCAGACCGCCCUCUCAGUCUGAGCCACCGUCGGGUCACAGCCACGAUGGUGGCGGAUAAAGAAGGGAGUGGCAGCUACAUCUACUAAACUGUGCUUUCCACAUACUUUUCUCUUUUCUGAGUCCCUCAAUGCUCUUUUGAGCAGUUUUUGCCAGUGGGAUCGAUAGGGGAAAGCUAUGGCUCUUCACUGUGUUUAAGAAUAUACUAAUUUGAUUAAGAUCAUGGGUCUAAUAAUAAUGGAACAAGUGUAUUUCUAUUUGAGUGUUUAAGACUCACUCACGGACCAAAUACUCCUGUAUUCCAUAAAACUCCAAGUUGCUGAGGAAAGGCAAAUAGUGAGUAUUAUUAUGUCAGAUAAAAUUAACUAGUUUCAUUUUAUAUAACAUAAUUAUAUGUACAUAUUUAUAUAAAAAAUAUAUAUUGAUAUAUGUUAUAUAUAUUGAAAUUUUUAUUGGUUGUCUUUCAUAAUUGAAAAGCCUAACCAGGGACAGAGGUCGCAAAUUUGCCAAGGCUGGAAACCUUGUAUGCGAUACAUCUGUUGAAUGUUUUUAACCUAUAACAAUGUCUCUGUGCAUUGUCUCUAAUGAAUACAUAAACAAGGAAAUAAAUAAAUAAAUAAGUAGUA